CUUUGGGUGACGAAGAGCCGAGAUGGACUACGGCCGUGAACUUCUCCGCCGCCAGCUCACGGAGCUGAGCCGAAACCCGCCAGAGGGUGUCAGCGUCGGCCUCGGCGACGACGAAAACAUCUUCCACUGGGAGAUCAUGCUCGUGGGUCCCCCCGAUACGCUGUACGAAGGCCGGUUUACUUUCCCGCGCGCGCCUUGA